GAAGACGCUGCAGGUAUUAAAUGACAGACACCAGACAGAGAUCGUAAGUGUGCAAAACUAAACUAAGCAGACAGUGUUAAGAAACUCUGCAACUGUCAUCAUGUCCAGAGCAAAAAACUCAGAGACCGUCAAUGAAAACAGACCACCUGUCACAUAUUUAGUGGCCUUGAAUGAUAAGUUGCAGAUGAAUGCAGACAAAUUGGAGAAGAACAUCAUUGAGACAAAAAAUUUGCUCAACAGGGAUAUCAAAAGGAUUAAUGAAGGGAGGAAGCCCCUGUACCAGCAGGACAUUGACAGGUCAAUCCCGAAUUUGCUGGAGCAACUGAUACCUCUGGAUAAAGAUGCAGCUGAAGCCUCUCGUUUGCAGCACCCACAUUCUGAGAUGAUUGAGAAAGAUAUUAAACAGCUGCGACAGCGUGUGACGAGUCUCCGUGAGGAACAUGAUCGCAUUUACCAUUUUGCAGAAUCGAGGAAGCUUCCCACACUGGAUGAUACUGAUUGGGAUGUUAAAAUACCUUCAGAGGAUACGUCACAUUCAAAUACUAAGUACAGUGUCAGCUCCUCAGACGGGCAGCAUGAAUGUUCAGAGACUGGCCUUCGCUGGCGAUCUGACACUGAUGUCAGUUUGGAGUAUCGCUUUGUUGACUGGAAAUCACUCAGUAAAGAUGUUUUGAAGAACUACAAGCCAUGUGGACCUCUGAUGGACAUCACUGUAACCUCUGGCUCUCUGGAGGAAGUUCAGUUACCUCACUUCGUCUCUGUAGACUCUGAAUCUUCCUCAGAUGAUGUGGUGAAAGCUCUUCAUGUGAAGGACGACGGUACUGUUUCGUUGGAAAGAUGUGAAUUAAGCGGAUUCCAUGCCAAGCUUGUCAAUCCCACCUUCUCGUUCCUGGCAAUUGUUGUAGAGGUGCAACAGUUCCUCACCAUGAAAUUUCACUGUGAAACGUUGAUUUAUCGCAACAGAACAUCUCCCCUCAACCUUCACGUGUACCUGAUUUUAAAGGAUAAGAAGCUUAAGAAGAAAGUGGAGGAGAAAGAGAAACAUAAUAUGGAGAUUUUAAAACCAACACCAGAUGAAGCCCUUAAAAUUGAUGAAUCUUUUACGCUGAAGGCAUCUUCUGGCUGCAAAAUCAAACCUUCGAGUUUAAAAUUGACACCCAACAAGACCAACUUCUUUGAUUUACACAUUCAAGAUCCAAAUGAACCGAUAGAAAUCUCUAUGAUGACAAAAGACGGCCAAAACGUAUGGGAAGUUUAUUUAGAAUCAGAUGAAUUCAACAUAGACAGUUCAGCAUCUCAAUGGAGGCAGGGGAGCUCUUCAACAAUUAGUAAAUCCUCAUUUAUUAUGCAAUGGAUGCGCCGCCUGAUAGAGGCUAUGGGACAGUCAGCUAUCGCUCGUUUAGAAGCGCCUCAUAUGCCCUCCACAAGUGAGAUGAAGAAACUUCGAAUCAAUCGCAAGGAUCAGGAGCGCGGUGCUGGUCUGAAAGGCGCUGAGUUUGUGGAGAAGCACAGGACAGAGUUGAUCAGAAAGGUCUCUCUGGUGGCACCGAUUGCAGACGACAUGAAAGAUCUGAUUGGUGAUGAAAAAUACCAAAUCAUCUUUAACUCAGUAACACCGCAAGAUAGAAUGAGAAAGCUUCUGGAAUUCAUCACAACAACGAAACUGAGAGAGAAACUUUACCAAAGUCUUUUAAAACAUGAGCGCUUCCUUGUUGAUGAGUUGCAGCAUUGUGAGUAGAUGCUCUUGCAAGCGUCGGAAGAAUUAAUUCAUUAUUAUUAUUUUACAGGAAACAGGUUAUUAAUAAUAUAAUGUGGCCUGGGGUAUAAUGAGAUGUGGAGUAUACAGUUCUGAUUUUGUUUGUUUGUUUGGAUUUUUGUUGUUGUUGCCUCCUUCUUUAUCAACGUAUUACAAAAGUCUUUAUACAGUUCCUUAACUUGUUUAGAUGUGGUUUGUAAAAUGUAGUUUGACAGCUCAUUUUACAUAUUUACUGAAAGUGAAUUCCUUAUUGUUUUGAAUAAU